GACCACCACCACCAGGCCGCAGCGCAGCAGCUGAGCAGCAGCCGCCGCCUUUGCCUCCGGCGGCCUCGUCCCGUCUCACUUCCUCGUAACUAAAUCACUUGGCCAGUCAGUCCCGCUCCACGCACAGCACAGCACGGACAUGGGCAACGCCGUGGCGUCCGCGGGGAGGCGUCGUCGUCCCAAGAACGACGACGCCACCGAGGCCGCGGCUUCUUAUGCCGCGGCGCCGAGGCGCGCGUCCGUCAUGCCACUGAAGCAGCGGGACGACUCUGAGCAGGAGGAAACGACGCGGGCGAGGCGAGUCUCGAGGUCGGGCGGCGCCGUGGAUGACGACGCCGCCGCCAGCAAGGCCCCGGCCGCCACGGUGGCGACGGUGAAGAUCGUGCUGAGGAGGAAGGACGCGGAGGCGCUGGUGGCGAGGCUGAACGCGCAGAGCGCGCGGGAGCGCAAGGAUAGGAUGGCUGAGAUCAAGGCCGAGCUCCGGGCGGGGGAGUGCUGCGGCGGCGGCGGCGGCGCGAGCCCGGUGUCGUGCCGGGACGCGUGGAGGCCGCGGCUCGCGCCGAUAAAUGAGAACUAGUUUUUUAGUGUUCUUCGUUGCUGCUACGGUUGAGUAGUUGUUGGUCACCCGACCAGGUGCUGUACGUGCAGUGGGAAGAGGUGGCAACCAGUCGGAUCAGAACAGCAUACAUGUUCGCUGCAGUAUUAUGAUCGAUGUGUAUCUCUGGUUCAUUAACAAAAUCAUUAGUGGAGUUUGAUUUUCAGUUAGAA